AUGGCAUAUUCAUCACAGCAGAACAGAGUGGCUGAAAGAAAGAAUAGGACUAUAGAGGAAAUGGCUAAGUGUAUGAUGUUUGAGAAGAAGAUGCCAUUAGAGUUUUGGGCUAAAGCUGUCAACACUAUAGUAUAUGUCCUAAAUUGGUGUCCAACUAAGGCUUUGGACAAGAAGACUCCAUUUGAAGCCUAUAGUGGCAGAAAGCCAGGAAUUAAACACUUAAGGGUGUUUGGUUCCUUGUGCUAUGCACAUGUCCCAAAUCAACAGAGACAAAAGCUUGAUCUGGCUAGCACAAGAUGUGUGGUUCUAAGGUAUGGGAGCUGUGAAAAAGGCUACAGGCUUUAUAACACUGCGUUUGGAAGAGUGGUUAUUUCCAAAGAUGUGGAAACUGGUGAAGCUAGCCUGACUCAAGCAGAGAUUCCAAAAGAAGAACAUGUUGAAAUUGGUCCAGGACCACAAGAGAUUGAUCACACUCCUCUGAGAUAUAAAAGUAUUGUAGAAAUAUAUGAAAGAUGCAAUCUGUGCAUCAUUGAACCUGAAACUUUUGAAGAAGCUGUCAAAGAUGAGUCAUGGCAGAAAGCUAUGGAGAAUGAGAUUGCAAUGAUAGAAAAGAACAACACAUGGGAGUUGGUUAAUAGACCAGCUGAUAAGCCAGUAAUCGAUGUCAAAUGGGUCUAUAAAACCAAGCUGAACCUCGAUGGCUCUGUUCAGGAAAAUAAAGCAAGGCUUGUUGCAAAGGGUUACUCUCAAAAGCCUGGGAUAGACUUUAAUGAGACCUUUGCACCUGUUCAGGACAUUGAGUGCUUUGGCUGCACAGAAAGGAUGGAAGUUGUUUCAGCUAGAUGUGAAAACAAAGAGGAUAGAGUUUACAAACUCAAGAAGGCAUUAUAUGGCCUUAAGCAAGCUCCAAGAGCUUGGUAUGAAGAAAUCAACUCCUACUUCACAAAGGGUGGCUUUCAAAGAAGUCCUAGUGAGACAACAUUGUAUGUGAAGAUUGUAGACAGUGGAAUACUCAUUGUUUCUCUAUAUGUGGAUGACAUUAUUUACACUAGAAGCUCAAGAGAAUUGAUGAUGGAGUUCAAAACUGAAAUGAUGAAACAAUAUGAGAUGACUGACCUUGGGUUAUUGCAUCAUUUCUUGGGUUUAGAUGUGAUACAAACAGAGUCCUGCAUCUUCCCGCAUCAGAAGAAAUAUGCAAGGACAUUGUUGGACAAGUUUGGGUUCAAAGAUUGCAAAUCAGUUGCUACUCCUCUUGCAGUGAAUGAAAAAUUAUCUAAGGUGGAUGGGAGUGAACAAGCUAAUGAAAGUGUGUAUAGGUAG